UGUCUUGUUGGGUAUAAAUAGAGUAAGGGUAUUGAUCUCAUUCAAGCACUGAAACAAAGUGGAGUUUCUUCUCACAUUGAAAAAGAAAACCAUCCAUACAAAAGAAAGAAAAAUGGAGCAAACUUCUGAAGAAUGGAGUUCUCUCAGUGGAUUCUACACAGCUGAAGAAGCUGAUUUCAUGAGCCAGUUGCUUAGUAACUGCUCAGUCCCUGAUCACCAAUAUGAAAAUUACAAUUUGGAGAUUCCACCUGCAUCAUGGUCUGGCCAUGAAUCAACAAUAAUGAGUGUGACAGGCAUCAAUUGCAGUUCAUAUGUUCACGCAAAUGCCAAUAAUAGUGAGACUAAUUUUUUUGGUUUUUCACAAGGAAGUAGCUCCAAUAUUACUAAUUGUAGCAACAUGUUUCCUACUACAAGUGGUGGCAAUUGCUGCUUUGAUGAUCCGGUAGCCAACAUUGGCUUCAUGUCAAUAGGUGAUGCCAAAUUCAACACAUUUAGUGUUCAAGGGAAUGAAAACUCUGAUGAAGAGGUUAUUGGUGACAAGGCUCACAAGCAAUGUGAAGAACCAGUUUCUGAACCACCAGAAGAGGAUAUAACCAGCAAUCUUGAAAAGUCAGGAAAAAGAUCCAGGAGCGCAAUGGAGGUUCAAAAGAACAAGACAAAUGUCAAAUCUAGGAAGAAAGCAAAAUCUGCUUUUACAAGCAACACUGAAGAGGAUAGAAAUCUUGGUCUUCAUGGGCAGAGUUUGAGCAGUUGCUGCUCAGAAGAUGAUGACUCCAAUGAGCUAAAUGGUGGAGGGUCUUCAAGCUUGGACCAGAAGGAUUCUACAACUAUUAAGUUGAAGGGUAAAUCAAGAUCUGAAAGAGGUUCUGCUACUGACCCACAGAGCAUCUAUGCAAGAAGAAGAAGAGAAAAAAUAAAUGAAAGGUUGAAAAUCUUACAAAACCUAGUCCCCAAUGGAACUAAGGUGGAUAUCAGCACCAUGCUUGAAGAAGCUGUUCAAUAUGUGAAGUUUUUACAACUCCAAAUAAAGCUUCUGAGCUCUGAUGAUCUCUGGAUGUAUGCUCCCAUUGCUUUCAACGGAAUGAACAUUGGACUAGACCUCAAUCUUUUUCCAACCAAACAACCAUAACUAUAUAGCACUCAGGAAAAGAGGAUGGGGCAAAAGAGCUGAUUUUGGCAUUUUGUUAUGUUUUUUGUUUUGUUCAUAAGUAUUUAUUAACAGCAUUUAUUUCUAAGAAAGCAUGAGGUCAAUUAAACAAGCGACCUUGUGUAUUUUUGUUAACUAUGAGCCAUCAUUUUGAGUUGGUUUCUUGACUCUUUA